ACUUACUCGCCAACCCUCGUGUGGAAACGUGCUCGCUGUUCCGUUCUCUGACGAAAUUUUUCGCUUUCUUAGCGGUUGUUUCAUAAUUUAUUUCCAAUAAGAAUCGAAUCUGUGAAACUAAAGAUUUUAAAAAUGUUGCGUGUACCCAAUUUGUUGCCUCGUCUUGCACGCCAGAUCGGAGUUGCUCCAACGAAUCUAAGUGGAGCUUCUAGCAUAUUCCGCACUCUGCCAGUGGCCAAUCAUGGUUUGAAUCGUUAUAAAUCCGGAGAUGUUAAAGGUGCUGUUAUUGGUAUUGAUUUGGGCACCACCAACUCCUGCUUGGCUGUGAUGGAGGGCAAACAGGCAAAGGUCAUUGAGAAUGCUGAGGGUGCGCGUACCACUCCCUCCCAUGUGGCCUUCACCAAGGAAGGCGAACGUUUGGUCGGUAUGCCCGCCAAGCGUCAGGCUGUUACCAAUGCGGCCAACACUUUCUAUGCCACCAAGCGUUUGAUUGGUCGUCGUUUCGAUGAUCCCGAGGUGAAGAAGGACAUUACCAAUUUGUCAUACAAAGUGGUUAAGGCCUCGAAUGGUGAUGCCUGGGUCUCGGCCACCGAUGGCAAAGUAUACUCACCCUCACAGAUUGGAGCCUUCAUAUUGAUCAAAAUGAAGGAGACCGCCGAGGCAUAUCUGAAUACACCUGUCAAGAAUGCCGUCGUUACGGUGCCAGCAUAUUUCAAUGAUUCACAGCGUCAGGCCACCAAGGAUGCGGGACAAAUUGCCGGACUUAAUGUUUUGCGUGUGAUCAACGAACCCACAGCAGCUGCCCUGGCUUAUGGCAUGGACAAAACCGAGGACAAAAUCAUCGCUGUUUAUGAUUUGGGCGGCGGAACUUUCGAUAUUUCCAUUUUGGAAAUCCAGAAGGGUGUAUUUGAGGUGAAAUCCACCAAUGGUGAUACCUUGUUGGGUGGCGAGGAUUUCGAUAAUACGAUUGUGGACUACUUGGUGGCCGAAUUUAAGAAAGAUACUGGAAUCGAUAUCCGUAAGGAUGGCAUUGCCAUGCAACGUUUGAAGGAGGCUGCAGAGAAGGCCAAGUGCGAGUUGUCGUCAUCCCAACAGACUGACAUCAAUUUGCCUUAUUUGACCAUGGAUUCCGCUGGUCCUCAGCACAUGAACCUUAAAAUGACACGCGCCAAGCUGGAGAGUUUGGUGGGUGAUCUCAUCAAGCGCACAAUUCAACCUUGCCAGAAGGCUUUGUCCGAUGCCGAUGUGUCCAAAUCGGAAAUUGGUGAAGUUUUGCUAGUCGGUGGUAUGACUCGUAUGCCUAAGGUGCAAUCCACUGUUCAGGAUUUGUUUGGACGUCAGCCCUCACGUUCGGUUAAUCCCGAUGAGGCUGUGGCUGUCGGAGCCGCUGUCCAAGGUGGUGUUCUAGCUGGUGAUGUCACCGAUGUUCUGUUGCUCGAUGUUACACCUCUGUCUCUGGGUAUUGAGACUUUGGGUGGAGUCUUCACACGUCUCAUCUCAAGGAAUACCACAAUUCCCACCAAGAAGUCACAGGUCUUCUCCACAGCCGCUGAUGGUCAGACUCAGGUGGAGAUUAAGGUGCAUCAGGGCGAACGUGAAAUGGCAAAUGACAACAAGAAGCUUGGUUCCUUCACUUUGGUGGGCAUUCCACCAGCACCACGUGGUGUCCCACAAAUCGAGGUUGUCUUUGAUAUCGAUGCCAACGGCAUCGUCCAUGUAUCGGCCAAGGAUAAGGGCACCGGCAAGGAACAACAGAUUGUUAUUCAGUCUAGCGGUGGUCUAAGCAAGGAUGAAAUCGAGAACAUGAUCAAGAAGGCCGAGGAAUAUGCCGCUGCUGACAAAAAGAAGCGUGAACUUAUUGAGAUUGUUAACCAGGGAGACAGCAUACUCCACGACACAGAGACCAAGAUGGAAGAGUUCAAGAGCCAGCUGCCCGCCGAAGAGUGCGAAAAGCUGAAAAAGGAAAUUGCUGAUCUGCGCACAUUGAUGGCCAACAAGGAGACAGCUGAUCUUGAGGAAGUUCGUAAGGCCACCACUCAAUUGCAGCAGUCUUCAUUGAAGCUCUUCGAGAUGGCCUACAAGAAGAUGGCUGCUGAGCGUGAGGGUAGCUCAUCGGGAUCUGCUGAUAGCAGCAGCAGCAGUAGUUCGAACGAGACUUCUGGCGAUGCCAAGAAGGAAGAAAAGAACUAAAUGUUAGGCCAACCAUAGUCAUAGUUGUUGUUCCCCGCCACUCCAUCUCUACACACACACACACACACACACACACACACACAUACAUACACACACUUUCCUUAUACCCUAUAAUUUAAAUGAUAAUCGCUUUUGGAAUUCUAAUAGGUUUUAUUUUUAACCCCUCAUCAUGAAGAAUUCCACACACACACACACACAAACCAAGAAGAGAACAAGAAAAGCAUUUACCCAAAAUUGUGUAGUUAUAUCGGACAGAUCAACUGAGAAAUGUCUUUGCCCCGAGAAAACAAAAUUGUAAGAAUUUGUGUUGCAUAAAGUUUUUAUUGUUUAUUAUGUAACCAAAAUUGCCUUCCCUGGCGGGUGGCCUUAUGAUAAUGGCCAGAAGUCUCUGUGUUUGUGCUAACCCUCUGUAAGAUUUCCCUUAUUUUUACAUUUAUCCUAAAAUAAAAACAAACAAAAGACUAGUUUUUAGUAUUAAACUAGAAUCAUCGAGCACAUCACAAACUUCAUAAGUGGCCCUCUGUUUUGUAAAGGGCAUGGGUAAUCAGUUUGUUUUUGGGGGAUCUCUUCCACUUUCCCCCUUCCCUCUACAACCUUUAACCCCGUAAUUUAAGCUAAAGUUUGUUUUGGUUUCCAGUGAGAUUAACCAAAAAUUUGACUGGCUAAACGAUGCAAUUAAAUUUAAACAAUCGAUGUAAAUUUAAAAUAUACGUGAACUUAAAACAUAAAUCAAA